UAAUUGGAUGUUCUCGAGAUUAUGGUCCAAUUUUCAGCGAAUGUUCUGUUAUGAUAGAGGAUAAAAUAUGGCAUUAUGUGUAUUUAGAAUCACAACAUUAUGAAAAACGACUUACAUCUAAUAAUUGGAAUCUUUUAAUGGAUGAAUUUGAAGCUGAAUACAAGCAUGCAUUUAUAGAGAUAUUAGUCCUAUUAGAACCUGAAAGAGCUUCAAGAUCUUCCUAG